GUGAAAGAAGGAACCAAAGAUGUCAUUUUGGGGUCUUUAAUUGCUUUACUAGUGGCAGAAGGUGAGGACUGGAAACAGGUCGAAGUUCCUGCUGAAACAGUACGUGCUCCAUCACCAGUUCAAAGUGUUUCUGUACGGAUGGAACCAGCAGCACCUCGGGCACCUAGCUCCAGCAUAGUGCAACACAUACCUAGUAAAACAGCAACCCGUUUAAGCCCAGCUGCCCGCCAGAUCGUGGAAACACAUGGGCUUGACCCGAGCAGCGCAGCCCCUACUGGACCACGAGGAAUUUUCACAAAAGAGUAA